CGUACUACAUUCUAGUGAUGAUGUUCAAUAUUGAAUUCGCUUGUUUGCCAUUGGUGAAAAGCCAAAAGGCAAACGCGUUGCAAUAGCAAGAGUUUCGACAACAUUUUGCUUAAAUAAAGGCUCAAAUAUGCCUUUGCCUGUGCUAAAUGAUGAUCAGAGAAUCUUUUAUUCGAUGUCAAAUUAUGCUGAAAAUGAGUUUUUAAUGCUGGUUUCAUCUACACGUGUUUUAAAUCGACGCGGCGUGAUUUUCGGCAUUGCAGCUUAUUGCGAAUGAUACUCUAGUAGAACAUGAGUCCUUAUGUUCAAUAACCUACACAAGCUCGUGCAUAAGUGGGUCACGACUUAAUUUAUUUAUUCAAGUCUUUUGUGCCUAGUGGGAACGUGUUUUUAAUUUUGAAGCAUUUUUUGCUAAAUUGCAAAACAAAGCGGUGUCCGGAGCGGUGCGAGAUGGACACCCAGCCGUACAUCCGCACCAUCGAGUGGGAGAUGCUCGACAAGCGCAAGUUCAUCCCCAUGUCGAUCGCCAGCUCGUUCAGCAUCCGCUGCCUGCUCUACCCGUUCACCGUCAUCAAGACGCGACUGCAGAUCCAGCACCACCACAGCGUCUACAGUGGCACGUUCGACGCCUUCCGCAAGACGUUCGUGCACGAGGGUGUGUCGGGCCUGUACCGCGGCUUCUGGGUGAGCGCGUUCCAGCUGGUCUCCGGCGUGGCCUACAUCACCACCUACGAGACCGUGCGGCACGCGCUACAAAAGUGCGGCGUGCAGGACAGCCGCAUGCGGGCGCUGGCCGGCGGCGGCGCCGCCUCGCUGGUCGGCCAGACCAUCAUCGUGCCGUUUGACGUCAUCAGCCAGCACCUGAUGGUGCUCGGCCAGGUGGAGGCGCGACCCGGCAAGAAGACGCGCAAACUCAACCCGCUGCGCAUCCAGUACGAGAACAUCUCCAAACGAAGGAUAGCAUUAGAAAUUAUCAAAGAAGUCUACAAACAAGACGGGCUACGGGGAUUUUAUCGGGGAUACUUCGCCUCCAUCUGUGCAUAUGUUCCUAACUCGGCAUUAUGGUGGAGUUUUUACCACUUUUACCAAGAGCAGCUGGUGAAGGUGCUGCCACCUAGCCUGUGUCCCCUGCUGCUGAUGCAGUGUCUCUCGGCGACGCUAGGCGGCGUCACCACCACCGCGCUGACCAACCCGCUCGACUGUGUCCGCGCACGGUACCAGAUCCAGCGGGCGGGCACACUGCCGGAGACGGUCGGCGCGCUCUGGAUGGAGGAGCGGUGGCGCAUCUUCACCAAGGGCCUGUCGGCGCGGCUGCUCUCCUCAGUCACCUUCUCUUUCAUGGUGGUGCUCGGCUACGAGUCGGUCAAACGCUGGAGCGUCCACGACGAGUUCAAGCCGUUUGUGCGCUGGUAGCCCCGCUAGUACCGCCGGUGCUCUGCAAAGUUCGGGUGGGCGGCCGCCAAGGCGCCCAGUCUUGGCACGGCGCAGUAGGAUAGUUUGAACUCCGGGACGCUGCAAGCGGGAGCGGCAGCCGCCGCGGCUGUAGGCCCAUCUCUGGUGUGUCGGCGGCAGGACAUGACGCUCCUGUGUCAGACGUAGUGAGGCUAGCUCUCAAAUGUGAUCGAUUCUGGUCGAAUGGCGCCGCUGAGGUAGGGCUGACUGGCGCUGAUGAUAUCAAUCGUAUUUAUUGGACGUGAUCGGUGCUAAUUCGCCUGGAGCGCUCGCAACGACGGUCGAAUCGUGUUACGGCCUUGACGCUGACGUUGAGUCUGUGACGAAGCUAGUUUUGCGAUCGGUACGUAUGAUCGUACGUACUCCCCAAUCAGUGAGCGUUGCGAGCUUGUUACGGUGGUUUCCGUUGCUCCCAGUUAGUGCCGAAUCUGUUGGGUUUUACAGUAGCAGAGACACGCGCGUUUCUGAUGUCGUUGACAGUAAUAUUUAGUGUCUGUACGAUGUUGUACCACGCUACUCUCCGUUUUAGCUGGGUUACUGCUCUGAAUGCAGCAGUCGUGUUCACCUCAAUAGACCAUUUUCAGCCCGAUGUCAACUGUGGAUUGUGGAUGUGUGCACAGUGCUGUCAGUUGCCUUGAUCUGGGAAAUAAUAGUUUGCGUCGGUACUUCCAGGCGCGCGGCUGGGAGCGGCUGUCACAGUGUCAGCGCCCCCGGCGGCACUGAGGGCCGCCCCUGGACGGCUCCCUGUGAGCCGGCGCCGCUGCUCAGGCCAUACGGGUCAGCCGUGCGAGGCCGACCGGUCGCAGGUCGACCCCGCCCAAUGUCAACUCACGUACAGUGGACGAGAGUGCCCUUCUCUGUGUGGGUGGAAACGAUGACUUUAUACGCCACUGAAAUACAUGCAUUGUGAAUGAGUCGGUAUA